UGAGAGCGUGUUACCGAGUUUUAUCACCACGGUCAAUUGGCCGGGCAUCUUCUUCAUAUGGACGGCCAUAGUCGGUGAUUUCAACGUAGGCGGUGAUUCUGGAGCGAGAGCGCGUAUACAAAAGACGUAGAAGCGCGCACAUAAAAGACGUAGAAGCGCAUACGUAGAAGCCCUCGCCGGCAAAGCAAGGUGGUCGUCAGUACCGACUCCCUCGUCCUCCCAUUGGCGCAUCGGCUUCCUGGCGCUAGAUCGACCGUCAUCGCGACUUUUGCGACGGCAGCGACAACGCGCCCUAGCUGUCGAUUCCCUCUCCGCAUUUCGCGACAAUCGCCUCCGCGCCCUACGCAUCCCUCCCACGCCCUACACAUCCCUCCCACGCCCUACGCAUCCCUCCCACGAUCGCGCCGCCAUGUCCAAGCCCGAACAAGUCUCCGAUGGCCCCCAUCCCGCCGCCAUUGCGAAGCCCGCCCCAGCGCCGCCGAAGCUGGACCCGGUAUACUACAACUGGAGCAAUACCUUCUCCAUCAUGCUGGGUCGCAUGACCGGCAACCGCGACGUCGACCUGGAGAAGAACUACUUCACGGAGCUCGAUGCGACAAAAGCCGAAUCGAUAUGCAAGCGCUGCGAAACCAACAAGGAGUAUCUGCUGCAGUACUCGCCGAUCAUCCGCUUCUUGUCCGAUGAGGUGUACAAGCUGGGCGGCGAUCUGAACAAGGACAAUAUUCUGUGCCGCAUGUGCACGAGUGAGCAGUCUGGGGGGUUCAGUCUGGACCACGGGAUUCUGCUGUGCGCGAACAAGUUCCGGAACAGAGGGCAUCAGGAGGACACCAUGGGGCACGAGAUGGUGCACGCGUGGGACCAUCUGAAGUGGAAGGUCGAGGCCAACAACAUGAGGCACCAGGCGUGUUUGGAGGUACGAGACCACGCCGUCGAGGGUGGCUAGGCGGUUACUGACAGUCGCAGAUUCGUGCGAGCACACUGAGCGGAGAGUGUCGGUUCACGCGCGAGUUCUUCACGCGGAACCAGUGGAGCAUCACAGAGCAGCUGCAGGCCUGCGUUCGCCGACGCGCCGAACUGUCCAUGCUGGCACGGCCGCAGAUCAAAGACGAGGCCCACGCCAAGAAGGUCGUCAAUGAGGUUUGGGAGAGCUGCUUCAACGACACAAGACCGUUUGACGAGAUCUAUCGAUGAUUCGGUGGAGCUGCAGCAGGACGUGUGGUUGUAUGUGUAAGAAGAGAUGGACAUGAUGUGUGUAUGAUACUGUACGGAAGAUGGCGUGAUACUGUACAGAAGAUGGCGUGAUACUGUACAGAAGACGGCGCGAUACUGUACAGAAGACGGCGUGAUACUGUACAGAGGACGGCAUGAUACUGUACAGAGGACGGCAUGAUACUGUACAGAGGACGGCAUGAUACUGUACAGAAGACGGC